UGGGCACGUCUCCCCAGCCAGCUCAGCCUUCCAGCCCCCGGGAUGUGCCCCCUCCACACCAUGCUGGGACUGCUACUCCUGGGGGUGCUGGGAGCCUUCCCGCAGGAUGGAGUUCGGAGGAAUGCCUGCAAGGAAGGCCCCAACCACUCCUACGACCAGACUACUGGGAGGUGCUGUUACCGCUGCCCCGAGGGGCACACCUCGCAGCAGCCAUGCGCACAGGGGUCAUCCGACUGCAGGAAGCAGUGCGCUCCCGACUACUACCUGGACAGGGACGGCCGCUGCAAGGCCUGCGUGACCUGUUCUGGAGACGAUCUCGUGGAGAAGAUCCCAUGCUCAGGGAAUUCCUCCCGCGUCUGUGAGUGUCGGCCUGGCAUGUUCUGUUACACAUCAGCCACCAAAUCCUGUGCCCGCUGUAGGCCGCACUCCGUCUGCCCACCAGGGGAGGUCAUCAGGUUCCAGGGCACAGCAGAAAGUGACACCGUCUGUGAGCGACCUUCCCCAGUGACCAGCCCUGACUGCAGCACCAGCCUCAAAGCCUGCAGGGUGGCCACCAGCAGCACCCCCCAGGCCAGGCCCCUCAGGACUGCCUCAGCAAGCUCCGGGGUGAGGACCACGAUUCCUGGAAGGGGCGCUUUCCUCACCCCGGAAGACGGUUCCGAAAUGACGAGGGCCCCCAGCUCUCCCUCCUCGGUGCGGGAGCCCAGUCCAGAUCCAGGGCCGAUCUUGCAGCAGCCGUGCACCCCACAGGGGUCAUCGGACUGUGGGAAGCAGUGUGACCCCGACUACUACCUGGACAGGGAUGGCCGCUGCAAGGCCUGCGUGACCUGCUCUGGAGACCUGGUGGAGAAGACGCCGUGCACGUGGAACUCCUCUCGAGUCUGCGAAUGUCGAUCUGGCAUGUUCUGUACCACAUCAGCCACCAACUCCUGUGCCCGCUGUACCCCCCGCUCCAGCUGCCCACCAGGGACGGCCACCAAACCCCAGGGUACAGCUGAAAGGGAUGCCACCCAUGAGCCACCUCCCCCCGAGGCCCACCCUGAUUGUAGCACCAAUCCAGAGGACAGCAAGAUGCCCACCAGUGCCUCUGCCCCUCUGGUCUCCUCGGCAGACCCCCAGAUCAGUAAGGAGCAUGGAAGGGGCAUCACCCACGCUUGGGGAGACACCCCCAUAUCAACAAGCACUCCCAUCUCUUUCUCCUCCACGGGAAAGCCCAUUCUGGUUUCAGGGUCCGUGCUCUUCUGGAUGGUCAUGCUACUGGUGAUGGUCCUGGGCUCCGUGUCCUUCCUCCUGUGCCACCGGAGGGCCUGCCGGAAGUGGAUUCAGCAGAAGCUCUACCCGUGCUACCCUGUCCAGACCUUCCGGCCCAAGCUGGAGCCUGCAGAUUCCAGGCCUGGGAGGAACCCGACACAGCUGAAGAGUGUGUCGGUGGUGGAGUCGGGCACGGAAGAGCUGGGCUUGCUGAGCCCCCCGGCUGCGGAGACCUCCCCCGGCGGGGCAGUCUGCCGAGAGAGCAUGCGGCUGCUGGAAGCUAGCCCUCCCGCCGGGAGCCCCUCGUCCCCCAGGGACCUCCCCGAGCCCCCCCGGGUGACCUCGGAGCAUACCAACAACAGGAUCGAGAAGAUCUACAUCAUGAAGGCUGACACAGUGAUUGUGGGGACUGUGAGGACUGAGGUGCCUGAGGGCCGGGGUCUGGUGGGGCCGGCGGGGCCUGAGUUCGAGGAGGAUCUGGAAGUGGACCACGCCCCCCGCUUCCCAGAGCAGGAGACAGAGCCACCUCUGGGCAGCUGCGGGGAUGUCAUGUUCUCAGUGGAAGAGGAAGGAAAGGAGGCCUCCUUGCCCAUGACCGUCACGGAGAAUUGAAGCCUGGCCUGGGUUGGGGCUGAGAGGACAGUGGGGUGCCCCCCCCGGGAGGCCAGGGUGGCCCUGGUGGCACCAGGCUGGGGGCAGAAGUCCUUGUGACCAGAACUGAGGUUCCAGCACCCAGGGGUAGAGCAGCCUGGAGCAAGGGGGUUCCAGGGGUCUCUCGUUGCCUCCCUACCCUGCUGCGCCCCAGCCCAGACCCUCAGGAAGCCUGGGCUUGUGCAGGAGAGACGACCCAGGGGCAGGAUCUGAAUGGCAGUGUUUAUUAGAUCAGCAGACGGACAGCAGGGACUGGGCACCUGUCUCCUGCCACUGCUGGGAAGAUGCCCCUGGAGCCCCAAGCAUCAGACACGCGCCACGGGGGCCAGAGCUCACUGACCGCAGAGGCCGGGAGGCACCGGCCCUGUGCCUUCAGCUCUCAC